GCACUCCUGCAUGACCGACUUGUACAUUAUGCAUAAAAGGCUUGUACAUUUUCAUAUAGUAGCAAAUCCAAUCUCUACAUGAUCCAUUAUAAGUAGUCUUCCAUCUCUUGAAGAUUCAUCGACUCCCAUAAAAUUAAAUGAAAAUGAAAGCAGCCUUUUCUUCAUUGGAUCUUGAUCAUCUUCUUGUCCAUGUGGGUUUGCUUGUAGUUACCAUUUUAGCCUUGUAUUUCUUGAAUAUCUUAUGGUUGAAACCUCAGAGAGUGAGAUGGAUUCUUCAAAGGCAAGGAAUCAUAGGGCCAAAACCGUCUUUUCUGUAUGGGAAUGUGCCUGAGAUGCAGAAAAUCCAGUCUGCCACAAUCGCCAUGAAAGCUUCAAGCUCAAGCUCCAGUCAUGGAGAUUUCGUUGGUGAUGAUUACACGUGUACCCUCUUCCCAUACUUUGAACAAUGGAGGAAACAAUACGGUUCAACAUAUACAUACUCAACAGGAGACAAGCAACACUUAUACAUAAAUGACCCAGAGCUGGUUAAGGAAAUGAACCAAUCUAUGACCCUUGGAUUGGGAAAACCUUCUUACAUUACCAAAAGAUUGUCACCUCUUCUUGGUAAUGGAAUCUUGAGAUCAAAUGGCCAGUUUUGGGUCCACCAAAGGAAAAUAAUUGCCCCUGAAUUCUUCAUGGAUAAAGUAAAGGGUAUGGUGGGGUUAAUGUUGGAGUCUGUUGAACCACUUUUGAGGAAAUGGGAUGCCUGCAUUGAACCACAAGGUGACCCCCGAGCGGAGAUACGAGUUGACGAUGAUUUGAGGGCGGUUUCCGCGGAUGUGAUAUCUAGGGCUUGUUUUGGAAGCUCUUAUACCAAAGGGAAAGAGAUUUUCUCCAAGCUCAGAACCCUUCAGAAAACCAUCUCUUCCAAAGGCAUGCUCUUUGGCCUUCCUGCUUUUGGGCAAAGGAAAGAUGUCAAGAGUUUGGAGAAAGAGAUAGAUUCGUUGAUAUGGGAGACCGUGUGUGAAAGAAAAUGUCAAGAAACACCAUCGUUGAAAAAAGAUUUACUGCAAAUGAUAUUGGAGGAAGCCAUGGACCAUUUCGCGAGCAAAGAAGCAAGUCGGCAUUUCAUCGUUGAUAACUGCAAGAAUAUCUACUUUGCAGGACACGAAUCGACAAGUGUUGCUGCAUCGUGGUGCCUGAUGCUGUUAGCGUUGCAUCCACAAUGGCAGACUAAUAUACGUAACGAAAUGUCUGAAGCUUGUCCUAACGGUUUAUUGGAUGUAGAUUCACUCCCUAAGCUGAAAUCGGUAAAAAUGGUGAUUCAAGAAACAAUGCGCUUGUUUCCACCCGCGGCUUUCGUGUCAAGAGAGGCGCUAGAAAGGACAAAAAUAGGGAAUUUGGACGUGCCUAAAGGCGUAUGCAUAUGGAGCCUGAUCCCGACUCUGCAUCGUGACCCUGAUAUCUGGGGACUCGACGCCCACGAAUUUCGACCCGAGAGAUUCGUUAAUGGCGUAACAAAAGCAUGCAAAGCCCCACAAGCUUAUGUUCCCUUUGGAGUUGGCGCUCGAUCUUGUUUAGGGAGAAACUUCGCCAUGGCUCAGUUAAAAGUCGUCAUCUCCCUCAUAACCUCGAGGUUUACCUUUUCGUUAUCUCCAAAUUAUCGGCAUUCGCCUACUUACAGAAUGGUUGUACAACCUGGGCAUGGUGUCAACAUCCUGAUUCAAAAACUUCAAUAACAGCAGUAGCAGAUUAUAUAGAAUC